CUGAAACUGAAAGUGAAGAGGCAUCUGCUUAGAGCUGUCCUUUACACCUCUGAGAGAUCAGCUCAUACAAAGACAUGGCUGCUGCGUCAGUGUCUGAGGACAGCCUUCGUUGUCCCAUCUGCCUAAGUGUGUUCACUAAACCUGUGACGAUUCCCUGUGGACACAACUUCUGUUUGGACUGUAUCACAGAGUACUGGAGCACUCUGUCUGUACUCCAAUGUCCACUGUGCAAAGAGACGUUUUACACCAGGCCAUUGCUUCGGGUUAACCCUGUCAUUGCUGAAAUGGCAGAAAAGGUUAAAAAUUCUGUUCAAGAAAUGUUUUUGAGUUCAGCUGAACGAGCAGGAACUGAAGACGUGCUCUGCAGCAUGUGUGCAGCGUCACAGGUCAGAGCCCUGAAGUCCUGUUUAAUGUGUUUAGUGUCCUACUGUCAAACACAUCUGGAGCCUCAUCAGAGGAUUUCAGCUUUGAAGAAACACAAGCUGAUCGAUCCAGUUAAGAACCUGGAGAGCAGAGUGUGUCAGCAUCACAGUGAGCCUUUGGAGCUGAUCUACAGACUGGAUCAAAUGUUUCUGUGUCGGUCCUGUAAAUGUGGUGACCAUAAAAAACAUAAAACAGUGAGUCUGGAGGACGAGGCUGAAAUGAGGAAAACCCAGCUGAGAUUAGAAAAUAACAGCAUGGAUCAGAUGAUCCAGGAGCAUGAGCAGAAAAUCCAGGAAGUUCAACAGUCAGUGAAGACCAGCAGAAGUAAAGCUGAAGAGGCGUUAUUGUACAGCAGGAAGGUGACGACCACUUUGGUGCAGCACAUAAAGACAGAGUUCACCAGACUGUCUGAGGCGAUCGAGUUUGAGCAGAAAAUAAAUGAGACGGAGGCAGAAAGCUUUAUUAAUGAGCUGCAGGGAGAGAUUACACACAUGAAGAAGAAGAAGCUGCAGCUUCAUGAAGCUUCGCUCAUCAGAGACCCCUUCAGCUUCCUGGAGAACGUCCUCCCUCUUACCUACAAUAAACCCCAGCUGAAGGACUGGUCUGCUGUGACUGUAACCAGUGACCAGUUUAUGAUUCAGGAGACCCUGGCCGAGCUGGAGACAGCAGUCAGAGAAGAAGUCAGCAUGCUGCGUGAGAUCAACUUCAGAGAUGGGAAACAACAACACAGGAUGGCUCAGAUGGACCUCUCUAAAAUCCUGAAGAAACAUGAACUAAGAUCUGAACAACAAGAGGACGAACUGAGCUCACUCACAGACAAAUCUGCUCUGAAUGAAAAAGAAAAAGAAAUUAAAAUGCUCCACGACAGAAUCACAGAGAUGGGAGUGAAACAUGACCAGACAAGAUCUGCUGUAGAAGAAAAUAACAAAGAUCUGAAAUCUCUCAAAGAAAGACUGGCAGAGAUGGGAGUGAAACAUGACCAGACAAGAUCUGCUGUGGUAGAAGAAGAGCUGAAAUCAGUCAAGGAAAGGCUCAGAGAGAUGGAAGUGAAAUAUGACCAGACAAGAGCAGCUCUAAAUGACAAAGAUGAAGAACUAAAAUCAUUCAAAGACAGAGUGGCAAGAGAGGUCGCCCUUUCACUAAAGACGGGGAAAAACGCAGAGAGCAUGAACAACCCAGUCAGUAAAACCAGGCUUAUACAGAUGUAUGAAGAGCUGAGGCUGGAGUGGCCAAAGGUCAAAAAACACCUGAAAUCCAAUAAUGGAAACUCGGAGUCAGUCAGAGUCGACAUUCAGGUUGAAGAGUUCAGACUGCUAACGGUACAGAACCUGCAGCUGGCCGUCUACCACACCAGGACACAGCCUGACCCAAAGGCGAAAGAUGAAACCCCUCAGAACGUGGUGGAGCAGUUUAACUCUGAAUGUUACUGGCUCGGCUGUUUGAUGGCUUUAAAUGGUCCUCCUCUUCACCCUGACUGGGACAAUCACGUUCCGGGGAUGGACGCUUGGGACAUUUUCCCACGAAAAACUGCAGCUGUCGCUGUUUCCAACAACGAAUCUUUCUGUUAGAAAACGUUCUGUCCAGGAUCACAAAUACUGCAUAACCUUAAUCUUCAUUCAUGUAUUAUGCUUAAUCCUUUAAAACCUGAACCAUGAAAUAACUGCCAGAAACAUUUAAUUUUUUUCAUAAUGCAGUGUUUGUUGAGCCUUUAGACAAAAUAUAUAACAAUACAUCAAAUUUUAAUCUGCAUAUAUAUGAUUUUUCAUUUGUACCACAUUUGCUACAUUAGCCAUAUUUUUGCAAUUUAGUCAUUAAAAAUGCGUCAUGUAA